AUGUCGGCCGGAGCAGGAGACGGAGCCUACUCGUUCUCGCUCACCACUUUCUCGCCGUCAGGCAAGCUUGUGCAGAUCGAGCAUGCGCUUGCAGCCGUUUCGCAAGGCGCCACCUCCCUCGGGAUCAAAGCAUCGAAUGCGAUUGUAAUUGCGACGGAGAAGCGGGCGCCAUCUCCGCUCGUGGACGACUCGGCUCUGGAGCGCAUCAGCGUCAUCUGCCCCAACAUCGGCAUGGUGUAUUCUGGCAUGGGGCCUGAUUUCCGUGUGCUCGUCAGCUCGGCUCGCAAAGCGGCGCAGACGUACUGGAAGACGUUCGGCGAGUAUCCCCCGACGAGGGUGCUCGUGCAGGAGAUCGCAACGCUCAUGCAGCAGGCUACCCAACGUGGCGGUGUCCGACCUUUUGGUGUCAGUCUCCUCGUCGCCGGCUUCGACAGCGCACGCGGCCCAAGUCUGUAUCAAGUCGACCCAAGCGGCAGCUACUUUAUGUGGAAGGCCAGCGCCAUCGGCAAGAACAUGCAGAACGCAAAGACGUUCCUCGAGAAGAGGUACAACGACGACAUCUCCCAAGAGGACGCCAUUCACACCGCACUGCUCACACUCAAGGAAGGAUUCGAGGGUCAGAUGACGGAGAAGACCAUCGAGAUUGGCGUCAUCAGCGAUACGUUCAAGAAGGCACUCGGGAACGGGGAUGUAGGGGAACCAAUUCCGGUGUUUAGGAAGUUGAGCGAGAGCGAGAUCAAGGACUAUCUUGCGUUGUAG